AUGGAGCAUCCGCGACCCAAUCUCGGCAGCUCGAUCUUCAGCCAUGGCUCUAUGAACCAGACUUCGGCCACCGUGAACAACGACAGGGACACUGGCGCGCUCUUCGUUACUCCGGCGCCAGAGAUCAAGGCCGAAAGUGAUGAGAGUGAGGGCAACAUGAGCUCGAGGCGUCGUGGAAAGAGACCUGUAUUGGUGGACGCCCAAGGUCCAGCGUCGAAAAGGCAACGCCCUGGCGAUCCUCCCGGCAGAGGAGCUCGCCACCCAGGACACACUAACCAAGGUCCGAGAGAGAUUGUCAACCUCCUGGACGACGACGAUGGUGAUGAUAUCCAGCUCGCUACUCCAGCACCAAAAGAGCAGCCGGCAGCUGCAGCUGCAGUCCAGCCCAUCGAUCUAGAGAACGAGAAAGAACGAUAUGAGCUCAAAAGCUUCAGCAAAUGGGUCGACAAAGACCGAGUCUACGCCAUACUCCAAAGACCGUACGCCAAGAUCUUCAGAGUCGAGGCGAAAAUAGCCUUGCCAGGAAGCGGCUUGAUGCAACGCAUGGAGGAGAUUGCGGAAGCCACGAUGAACAACAAGAUCGAGUACCUGAUCGACAGAGACGAGUCCACCUGGUCGAAGAUCCUCAAGAAGCAUGAGACCGCGUUGUCUGGCGAGCUCGAGCAGGUGCGGGAGAUGCGGGACCAGAUCAAGAGAAAGGAGACCCAGACCACCAUGAACAAGACGGUCAUUAAGGAGGUGAAGCAGCGCUAUGCGACCAACCAGGAGCAUCUGGAGAAGAGGGAGAAGAUUGUUAAGGAGCUGAAGAUCUUUGUGAAGAUUGAUUGA